UUCUUUCUUAUUAAAAUGCUAGUAUUCACUAUCUUACUUUAUUGUGUUGGCUUGUUAGCUGCUGUUAAUGCAAUAGAACAGUCUGUAGAAGCUGCUGCUCAUUUAACAAGAAGAAUAGUAGCAGACUCAGGCAGAGGACAUAUCUUGACAUUGAUGGACUCUUCAGUGUCUAAUGAGUUGAGUGGGUUUCCAUUUGGUAUUAUGGAAUACUAUAGUGUUGAAUGCACAAAGGAGACAGGCAAUUUAUUGUUGUUCAUGUCAGAUCUACAGUUGAGUGCUCGAAAUAUGCACCAAAACCCUGAUCAAAUGGCAUUCACAAUCACUGCUUUAAAAGACUAUAAUGUCUAUUAUGGAAACCGUUCAACGCCUGUUCAACAACCUCGCUUUACAUUAUUUGGACAUACUACUCGUAUACCUGAAUCUAAAGUAAGUAAGGCAGAUAAGCACACUAAAUUAAAUGUCUGUCUAUAUAGUCUAAAUUGGCUAUGAAUUGCUUUUUUCAAACACAUCCGGAAGCAAGACUAUGGUAAGUUAUGCGUAGUAAAUACUCGUCUACUCAAUCAUUUAUGCAAGGAAUUCUUUUCAUGAUUUUCGGUUUUAUGAGUUCCAUGUAGAGAAGAUUUACUAUAUAGGUGGGUUUGGUGGUUUAAACUAUAUUGGCUGGAUUCCUGUGGACCUAUACAGAACAGCCUCAUUGUCUCUUUUAAGACAAUCUUGAAAAACACCGCUAAAACAAAACUCCCCCAAAAAGAAGCUUGCUUUUUUCGUGACUGAAAUUCCCCUUGUUUUCCCGACUUUUUUUCGAUUAAAAAACUCUUAAAUUCUU